AUUUUGUUUUCAUUUCAUAUCAUUGUGGCGCGUAAGAUGGACAUAAAAAUGAGUGAGAAAUUAUUUUUCUUCGUGUUAUUAUAUUGUUAUGUUGUUGAUGGUGCUAAGUUCUCCCCCGGACCACGUAUUCUACUGCCGUUAUUUGAAAAUGUAUCGGUUAAUUAUACGUUACAAGUGAUUGAAGGGGGUUGUUUCACAUGGACAUCGUCCCGACCUGAUCUCAUAUCGAUAACACCGAUAUACGUUGAUCGGUACAAUGAUUGUUCGCAACAAGUCGUGAUAACGGCUGCGACAUCAUCUCGUGAGCAUCGACGAAACACGGCCGUAGUUUUGGCUGAAGAUACCUCAACUGGUGAAAUAUUACGUGCCGAUGUCAUCCUGGACGUUAUAUAUGAGCUCGGCGUUCUAACUACAACAAGAGAACUGUACAUUGAGGAAGUGCCAGAAGCAUUCAAAAUGUGGGCUUUCGAUUCACAAGGCAACGCAUUCUCCACACUUGAGGGCAUCGAAUUUACUUGGAAGAUUGCAUCACAGAAUCACCGAUCCGUUGAAUCGAAAGUGAAAAACAGUUGGCAAGAGGUGCUGAGAUUUUUGCGAUUUUCUGAAAGCCGACACCAUGAAGUCCCGAAAGAAGUUGAACACUUGGAAAGCAUUGGACUAAAAGGAUCGAUGACGCUCUUAGAAGGUGUAAACACGGGAUCCGCUUCAGUCACUGUCAGUCUACCAUAUCCGGAAUACAGCGAGAUCAAACCGUUAGUCGUCCAAAUUAUGGUACUGGCCAAUCUUAUGUUAGAUCCGAGUGAUGCGCAUAUUUUGGUCGGCGAUACCAUUCAGUUCAAAAUCAAACAACUGAAACGAGGCAAAUUGGAAGAAGUGUCAGCCCAGCAAUAUUACCUAGAGAUUGCUGACAAUAAGUACGCCACAUUGGACGGAAACUAUGCGUCGGGGCAUACAAUCGGAAGCACUACGGUGUACCUGAGAGACAGAAAUAUACCGAAUCAUGCGGACAGUGAUAUGCCUCCAAUGCCAACAGCUGCGCUGACUAUAUGCGAUGCGAAACAAUUGACUCUAAAUCUGUUGCCGCACUACAAUUGGGUGACAACGGUCGGUGAACGUCACGAAAUUGCUGUCGAUUUAGUAUCCCGCGAUGGCAAUAAAAUUACGCUCGGAUCAAAGUACAAUAUAGAGGCGUCGUUUGACGAGACAAUUUUCCAUUCGCUCAGUCGCACAACGAACGGAACUCGCAUUUACGGUGAAGCUGUACGAAAAGGUGGGUCCACAGUAUCGGCUAACUUCAAAAGUCUCACCGCUACUGCCGAGCUGUCUGUUUUUGAUCGUAUUGAUCUGAAGCCCCGACUCGUUAUACUGCCUUACGACGCGAAUAGUCCUAAAGGGCAAUACAUCCAAUUCACUGCUAGUGGUGGAACUGAUUCGUUUGUCUGGUCAUCGAUGCAUCAGCAACUAGUUUCGAUAGACGGAAACGGUUUGGCCUUCACCAAACCAGAAAAUCUGCAAAAUUUAGUAAAUUUCCAAAGUGAAUAUCAGCACGAGAACGUGCAAAAAUUCGGACAAAUCAAAGUCGCACUGGCCCAGAACGAAAAGGUUGCCCGGACGGCCGACAUAUUUUUCCUGCCGCCAGUUAAAUUGGAAAUCGUCCAAUACAAUUUCGAAACGGCUGUGAAUGAUGUGGUUGAAAUUCAUGUGGCCAUUUAUGCCAAGCAUAACAAGACGUUGAUGCCAUUUUUCGCUUGUGAAAAUUUACAUUUAAAAUUGGAUUUCUCCAGCGAAAUUUUUGUCAGUGAAAGUCUACCAAACGAAAAUUCCAAAUUGUCGAAAAAUGCGUGCCGAAUACUAACGCUGCGUGCGAACAACAUCGGUACAACACAGUUGAAAGUGACGUACAACUUCAUGAACGAAGUGCUCAAAGAUGAGGUCACACUUGUGGUGUUCGAAAAAUUUAACAUUUUGAAUCCGAUUUUGAACGAGAUCGUCCUGCCGAUUGGAACCACAAGAAACGUCAUUUAUGAGAAUGGUCCACAGAAAAUGUUCACAAUCGAAUCGGAAUUGGUCCGGAAAAUUGAUUACAACAACGAAUUGGUCGACGUUGAGGACGUGCAAAACGAAUUCAGCAAAGACUAUCACAUUUUCAAUGUGCUCUGCAAGGUUGUGGGCGAAACUAAGCUCACCAUAGACAUUUACAAUUCUCUGUCUGCUAAGAACUGCGUUCCCUACAUCUCACAAAUGGUAACAAACAUUUACUGUGUCAAGCCACGGUUCCUGAAUCUGUACACGACCGCAGAAUUGCGUACAAGUUGUCCGAUGAAGACGAAGAAAUCGUUGAUGUAUCUGCAGGGAAACUCAAACAAUCUCGAAAUUGGCAUCGAAGUGCUCGACGCUCAAAAUCGAAAGCUCAUGAAUAUCAGUUCGUUGGAGUUUGAUUGGAAAUUUGCACAAGCUGAUGGUCAUAUCGACGACAGUAUCAAUCACAGACGCCAAAGUGAAGACGAGAUACUGACGGGUGUCAACAUUCCUGUGCGAGAUUAUUUAACGGUGAUGGUCUCGGACUCCUCCAAAAUUUCGAAAAUCAAAGGCAGUGUCACUUCGUACUCGUGGAAAGUGUUGUAUGGUCUAUCCAUUGAUCCUGAAGUACCCGAAUUUGGCAUUCAGAAGACACCGACCAGUGCACUCAAAAAGCCUCUGAUCGAAAACGAAUUAAACUUUCUGACGGUAAACCGAAAUCUACUGCCUUUUGACUCGAUAUCAAUUUUCAUCGGUAAAAAUGAACCCGAACGAAUUCCAGUUUCUCAAGGAAGUGGCCAUUACGAAUUAACGCUGAGUGAUCAAGACAUUGUCAGUGUUGAGUACGAUCCAAUUAAAAGUGAAAUUGUCAUCAAACCACUGCGUAUUGGACGCGUGAAAGUCGAGGUCUCGGACCGCUGUUUAACUACAGAACCGUCAUCACUGUUUGUUUCGGUCGUUUCGAUUGGGAAAAUCGAAGUGAUGGUUCCGGAUCGUGUAGAAAAGUCGAAAACCAUCGAUGCUAUCGUAAAGUUGUACGACUCAAUGGACAACGUUAUGGCAGUGGAUUCGAAUAAUUUACAAAUUUAUGAGUUGCGUGAAGAGGUCUUCAAUACCAAAAUCUUGACCGUUAAAUUGGGUCAACAAGAGAACCUGAAUUUUGGUGAAAUAAGAUACAUCGUGACCGGUUUGGAGCUCGGCGAAACAAAAAUUGUGCUCAGCUCGGGAAAAGGCGAAAAACUCAUCCGAAGCUCUGAUGCCAAUAUUCAGGUUUUUCCUCCACUUCGAUUGUAUCCUCGUAACAGCACAAUCAUUAUUGGAUCUAAUGUUCAAAUCUACUCACAAGGCGGACCAUAUCCUGACGUAAACAUAAUAUACUUCGUUCAAAAUGAAAAUGUUGUUUCAAUGGAAUCGGCUGUGGCAACAGCACUGAAACUGGGUGAAACAAAAAUUAUUGGAAAAUGUGUCGGCAUUAAUCCAGCCACUGGUCGACAAAUAAUAUUUUCACAAGACUCUGUACACAUAAAUGUGGUUCCGUUGGAUAAAAUUAAAAUAAAAACACCUCUCGUUCGCAUUAAAUCUGGUGCUGUGAUGCCAGCAACGUUAUGGGGUGUUCCUGACAUUUCACCAAUGAUUUUGGGAACAUUACCUCGACUAUCUGUGACAUGGUCGACAAAUCAGCCGGAUGUAAUCAGCAUCUUUGGAAUAUUUUCUGAAGCAGGCAUCGAUUAUAACAGCAACGAUAUGAUAUCGGUUCGGAUAAAGGCACUAAAUCCUGGCGAAGCAAAAAUUCAAGCUGUUGUCGUGACACCAACUGGCACACAAACUGUGUCUGUUCAAGUUACUGUCUUCAAAAUGCUCGAAUUGGUGUCGCCAAUACAUAUCAGAGACAAGACUAUCUUGAUGCCUCCCAAAGCUUCUAUCAAUUUAAAAGCCAACCUUGUGGAUGUGGCAUAUAAGGUAGCUGAUGCGGCGAAUUCAAUUGUAAGUGUCACAAAAGAUGGAACGUUGGUAUCAAAAGACACGAUCGGGCGCGAUUUGAUCAUUGCAUCAUCAUUGGAUCAAACGUUGUCGCUACCCAUUGAGGUGAAAAACAUUCAUUACGUAUUGGCGACACUUGACGCAUCAAGUGUUAAAUUUAAACACACCGAAAGGAAAAUACCUUGCGGCCUGAGUAUAUUCUUAAAAGUAACUUUGCACGAUAAUUUGGGAAACGAAUUUUCACAUAAUUUCGGGGAUAUAAACACUUUAAAGCAUAAAUUAUCCAGCAAAGAAAUUGCCGACAUCCACAUCGGAGGAAAUUAUACAAUUGGUAUCAACUUACCCAGAGAAGCGACUGGCAUGUUGGCUGUUUCACUGAAAGAUACUGCUGGUGUUAAAUAUGCCGAGGAUUUUAUUAAAUUAUCCGUUGCACAAUCUCACCAUAUUUUCCCGACACAGACUAUUUUCUCCGUUGGUGAUAUAAUUUGCUUUGACUCCCCGCUAACAUAUCCGGCAAAUUGGAUUAGCACAGAUAAAGCUGUUAUUGAAGUUGACAACAAUUCGGGAGUUGGUCGCGUUCUUGCUGGCGGAUCGAAAUUCGGUGAAAAGGUGAAAAUAGUGAACGGGGAUCAGACGCACGACUACUAUAAAUAUGAACUGGAAAUUCGUGAGGCUGACGUCAUUGAAUUUAUGAAACCACAGUCGAUAUUCAACGGUGAAAACUUCCGCGGCUAUCUGAUUCUAAAAAAUCACAUCCAAAAUGACAAAAUAUCAAAUGUGUUCGGAAAGAAUAUCACCACAUGCGGUAACAGCAUAUUGAGUGAAAUGCCAGUUAACAUUUUUACUUGCAAGUUGAAAUUGGUUAAUCAAGAGAACACUAAAGUUUUAGACAACUUCAAAGUGGUGUCUAUUUUCGAUAAGCAAUUCGGUUCAUAUGCUUGUGAGAUACAGCUCUUAACAUCGAUAAGUGAACUGAUUUCAUCAUUGAAAAAUCUUGAACUCAGCUUUGAACUUGAAUCACAGCUAAAAAAUGGUAUAACCGACUCAAUGGCGUUGAAAAUGGUUCCAGCGAUAAACGUAAUUCCACAUCAAAUUUCAGUGGAUCAAUUAUCGCAACAAACAAUAACUAUCAGCGGUUUGGACAAAGUUCUUCACAGUGUUGAGGUCAAACCAUCACAUCCAUCAAUACUGGAAAUCACACAGACCGCAAAAUCUCACGGAAUGUUACAGUACAAAGCAAAGCUAUUGCAGUCAUUGGAUUCUGUCGCUGAUGAACCAAUUUCAAUUAAAAUUAUUUCACCUCUAACACAACAGGCCGUUGAUGUUUAUAUCCAGUCGAACAAUCUAAUUGGCAACCAGCAGAAUUUAUCAUCGCACAUCUUUAAUUUCGUAAUGCAAUUCGGUUUCAUAAUUUCUGCAUUAAUUAUUUUAGCGGUUACCAUAUGGGUGGGUGUUUUCUGUUUCAACUCGAAAACUACAAUGAAUCCACAAGCUUUCUCGCCCCAAAAGAAUGGAUCGCUCAAUCAGACAUUAUUACGACCAGCAUACACUCCUCAGCCGCAGUAUCCAACCUACACAAGAAAUAAUUCACCACAAUCAAGCCCGCAGAGUUCAGGCUCAGCUGAAUCACCCAUAUAUGGAGGAUCACCAUUAAAUAGAUACAAUCGACGGUAUCUGUAAUAUUAUUAUUUCAUUAAGUUUCAUACAAAAAUUUUUGUUUGUAAUUCUCCCAUUUUUGUUUCUUUCAAACUUAAUUAAAUUUCACCUGUACAUAGGUGGGUUGAUAAUAAAAAAAAAUCAAUCUGCAACUCAUACCUUUCAUCGAUUGAUUAUUAUUGUAAAAAUGAACGUAGCAGACAAUUUGACAUCGCUGGUGGAAAAAUUGAUCAUCAUGAAGAACCUAAUUUCCAACAGCGAUUCGUUUUGUAUUGAUAUCUGAAAGAUUCGACUUCGACGACAGGCCAAAUUUGAAUUAUUAAUAGUUGUGCCAUGAUUUAGUCCCCUUCGAAGCAGAAUGUUUUGAUAUAGAGAGUUAAAUAUUGAGAAAUUAAAAGAGUAUUCAGUGGCGUGAAGUGUAGAAAAUGUGAUCUCUGCGGCAUACAAAUAGUCAUUUACAUGAUACAUGCGUCGAAAAUCUUACUUUUGAUAAUUUAUGAACUUCUUUCUUUAUGCACAUAGCUCGGACUAUAAAUAAAAGUCACUAUUUCGGGUGUUUGUUGACCUCGGCAUCGCCUCGGAGAAAUCCCACGAAAACCCGAUUUCAAUUUUUAAUUUUCGUGUUAAUUUUACGCGAUGUAAACCCGAGUUUUCAAAGGAUUCUACGUGCCUUGGGUGUUGAAAGUGUUUAAGGGAUGAAAAGUACUGCUUUAGACGCAUGUAGAAUGUAAAAUAAAUUAGAUUUUGAAACCCAAACGGGAUUUCAGAUCAAAAAUAUCGAGUUGAAUAACAUCCGAGCUUUCCACACGACACUGAAUCAUCUGUCUUUGCCAUUGUAUGCAUGUAUUGACAAGUUUUAAGUUUUGCGAAUGAAAUCCAAUGAAAUGUAAAAAAGAAAAUAAAAAGUUCUUUUCUAAUUGAUUUAAAAAGGGCUGCGGUGACUUAAAAUUAAAUGUUCCGAGUAACGGAUUACGGGUAAAUUGAUAAUCGAACUGUAGUAGUUGCUAUUCGUUAAAGACCCCAACUAAUAAGUUAUUUAAGUUUAAAACAAAACAGCACAGCACAGCAACUGUUUCUGUCGAUUUAGCUAUUCUAAAAAAAAUCUUUACGAUCUCUCCGUUUUAUUCCAUACUGAAACUUUAAAAAACUAUGUUAUCGACUAGUUUCGCCACUGCUGAUGCAAAAUUGUCAAAUAUAAUACGAAGCUGAACAGUUUGACAAACAUUUCCGAUAUCCUUCGCCUCUAUAAAUUGGAUAUUUGAGAAUUUUAAUUGCGGUAGCGCAACCCUUCACUAACGAUACCUUUGACUAUGGCAUAUUGAAGCUCUGAUUAGCAAAGUAUCUCGAUUAAAUAUUGAAAUGUACUUUCUUUACAUUUAUAUGAAUGCCAUUGUCUGAUGUUUGUACAUUAACCUCUUCUUUCAAGCUUCUAAAAGCUAUGUACAUUGUACACUACCGGAUUGAAAUCAACGAUUACUAACAAAUUGCGCGAAUUUAAUAAUAUAAUAGGAGAAUGUAUCGUCGUUUCCAACAACUUACUCGAUUUAAUUCCUUAAAUCCGACAUAAAAGUUACUUACAGAAUAUGAAUAAGAGCUUCCCAUUGUAGUUUUGUUUAAAAUAAUUUUCGUUGUUAAAUGUAACAUUUAUCGAGCAACUUGUGCAACGCUUUUCAGAUGUAAUUAAACGUACUUGCUUUGUAUUCAUCUUCAUUUCAUUUACCUUUUUAGGCAUAGCUAAGAGAGAUUACGACUGAAAUAGUUUUGUUGGAAAUGUUUAUUUUAAAUGCUGUGCUUAAAUAUAUGUAUGUAUGUGUGUGGUAGUUGGUUAUAAGUGGCUUAAAGUUUAAUUUAAUAAUUUUUGUUUCGUACGGGAUAAUAAAAAAAAGAAUUUUUGGAUGAAUGUUGUGUGCUUUUCUGUUGAAAAGAUUAAAACUGUUUAUUAGUCUGCUAAGCAUUUUACCAAAUUCAAAACCGAAAUUUGUUAUGAAAAUGUGAAAAACUAUUCAUCAAAAUUUAAUCUGAUGAUGUAACUCUAAGUAAGGUUUAUGUUUUUUAAAAUAAAGAAUUUUGUUAAUAAAAUGACUUCAACCAG